GGAGGAGUUUUCAGGGAGGAAGGCAGUGUUCAGCUCAUAAAUAUCUGGGACGGAGUGCUUCUGUCCCAUCUGCUUUGUUCUCACUGGUGAGGAGCAGCAUUCCUGUUUGUCCAUAGCCAGCAGCAUGGUCGAUUCUUUUGUGAACAGCAAACUCGGAGAUAAUAAAGUUACUCUUUUUGUAAAGGGAUCCUGCCCUUACUGCAAGAAUGCCAUAGCGCUGCUCAAGGAAUUCAACUUUCUGCCAGGAUGCCUGGAAGUGGUUGAUAUCACUGGGAUGGAUGACGUCCAGGAUUACUUCCAGAAAACAACAGGACAGCGAACCGUCCCUCGUGUGUUUAUUGGGAAAACAUGCAUUGGAGGAUUUUCAGAUCUGCAGAAGAUGGAACAGCAGCUCCCCGCGAUGCUACGUCAGAUUGGUGCUCUGGUGUAGCUGAAGGGAGAGAUGACCAUGAUCUGUGACCUUGCCAUUUUGACACGUGUGCAUCUUGGAACAGACUCCUUCAGCAGCUUUCUGUGGGAUUGAAUGCAUGUUUUUGGGGAUUGCAACUUCUCAUUUCAUUCAUAUGUACCUCAAUAUGUCACAUCUCUUCAUGCUUUCUGGGUUAUGGAAAGAAGUUCAGACUGUUAAAUGACUUAGCCCAAUAAAAUAUACUUGAAUGAA